AAUCAUUGCAAAUAAAAUACAAUAUUUUCAAUUUUGCGGAAAAUCGGACGAUUCCGGAAUUUAAAUACGCAAAUGCAGUAGGGCAAACAUGAGCCUCUAUCAUGCGAAAAUAGACAAUAUUUGCAGGCUUUGCUUAUCCGGCGAUGACAAUUUGGAAUCUAUUUUUGGUGGGAGCGGGAGUGAAUUGCUUCAAAUGGUCAUCUACGACUGCACAACAGUUAAGGUAUCACCCAAGCUGGGGUAUCCAAAUGCUAUUUGUAUUUCAUGCAAGUCUAAAAUCGAGAGCUUCCAUCAAUUUCGUGAGAGAUGUAUUCAGAACGAUGUAUACCUACGAUCGACCUUCCUCGAGCCAGAAGUGGUAAUUAAGACAGAGCCUGACUUUGUCUUCAGUACUGCUGACGAGGAGGAUGAAAAUGAUGAUGACAUUAAUGAGGACGAUAUCGAAGAAUGGGAUGAGUCGGAUUCAAACGACACAUCAGACGAUAUUAGACCGAGCGGCUUAGCUAAACAGGAACUAUCACAAGCGGAAACUCUGCUUGACAGUGGUAUGAGUUUUGCAGACCAUAGUUCACUGGUCCCUCUAUUCAAAUGCGAGUUUUGCUCAGCUGAAUUUUCCACACUCGAGCAACUUGAAAAGCAUAUCACUAGUCACAAGGAAGAAAAGAUUUUUAAAUGUUUUUAUUGUCCAAAGACGUUCCACUUUGCUAAAAAUUUGAAUAUGCAUGUUGAGUAUAUACAUUCAAAGGUAAAAUAUUCACAAAAGUUGAGCCUGAAAAAUGCAAGUUUUACACACAAUUUACUAGUCAAUAACGAGAAAAGUAUAACGUUAGUUAAUAGUAAUAGCGACGUAAACAUCAACAACAAUGUUUUGAGCCGACCUGGGAAACAUGUACCGAUUCAAAACUCCGGAUUAACAACUCGCAUACCUAUCACACGCAUCAGUAACCACGAGUGUCAUGUGUGCCACAAGACGUUCAGUGAUCUUCGACACCACAUGCUACUACACGAUGGAGAAAAACCCUACAAAUGUGAUAUAUGUUCAAAAUCGUUCUUCAAUGCUUCGACGUUAAAAACACACUAUCGGGUGCAUAGCGAUGAAAAUCCUUACCGUUGUACCACAUGCACAAAAGUUUUCGAUAAUGCACGAAGCCUCGAACUGCAUUAUCGGACACAUACAGGAGAACGCCCAUAUGCGUGCGAUGUUUGUCUGAAAAAGUUUUCCUGCUCAUCUAAUUUGAAACGGCACCGCAAACUGCAUGAUCGAGAUUGAGCAACUCGUCGCUGAGUCAAACUCUAUUAUAGUUACGACAUUUCAUAUCCACUUGUACAUUUGAAAGCCAAAAGAUGUGCAUUUAAAUAACAAAGUGAAUUAAGCAUUUUGGACUCACUAAAGCUUCACUCAAUGUUUACUAACAUAUGCGCAAAGAGAAAUCUUACUGUGAACCAGCAGCGCAAGGAACUGCAGCGAUAUCCUAUGUAAAAAAUUAACCUAGUCUAUGGUUUAAUUGUUUAGUGCAAUAACCUCGAUAUAACGCCAUAGAUCUUCUGUGCUCUAGUAACGCAUGUCUAAGUCUAAGUCAUUGUAUUUAUUUUUAAUAACUUAUCUAGUCCGUAUUCAAAGAUUUGUAUAUUGUAGAAUUGUUUUAUUUACUGUUGAGAUGUUUUAGUGCUGUUAUAAAACUAAAAGCGAUGUAGCCGGCAAUUGCUCCUUUACGAAAAAGGAAUGUCUACCACACAAAAGCUAGUU